GAACAAAUAAACCCUUCUUGAUUCAGCUAUUUCUUCUUCAAACAAUGGCAUUACAUCGCCACCAUUCCCUUUUCCUCUUCUUGCUCAUCGCUCUGUCAUCCAUAACAAACCGUGCAGUGGCACGUCAUCUCCUAGAGUCGCCUGUCCCUAAGUUUCCCCAGCCCGAAAUUCCAUCUAUACCAAAGCCAGAGUUACCUCCACUAGCCAAGCCCGAGCUGCCAUUGUUGCCUAAGCCCGAGGUUCCAACACUGCCAAAGCCUGAGGUCCCAGCAUUGCCUAAGCCAGACGUCCCAGCAUUGACAAAACCUGAGGUUCCAACACUGCCAAAACCAGAGGUACCUACAUUGCCAAAGCCCGAACUUCCAACAAUACCCAAGACAGAGGUACCGACAUUGCCUAAGCCAAAACUAGAAAAGGCUGAAUUGCCAAAGCCUACUUUACCUGAAAUACCAAAGCCAGAAUUGCCAAAACCAACGAUGCCUGGGCUACCAAAGUUCCCAGAAUUACCAAAACCUGAGGUCCCGGCUGUCCCUAAGUCUGAGGUUCCAACAUUGCCGAAACCUUAGGUCCCGACGUUGCCUAAGCCUGAGGUUCCAACAGUGCCGAAACCUGAGGUCCCGACUUUGCCAAAGCCCGAACUUCCAACACUACCCAAACCAGAGGUACCGAUAGUGCCUAAGCCAACACUCAAAAAAGCUGAAACGCUAAAGCCUACUCUACCUGAAAUACCAAAGCCUCAAAUGCCAGAAUUGCCAAAACCAAAGGUGCCAGAGCUACCAAAGCUCCCAGAAUUAUCAAAACCUGAGGUUCCGACUGUCCCUAAGCCUGAGGUACCAACAGUGCCAAAACCUCAAAUGUCAGAGCUACCAAAACUCCCAGAAUUGCCAAAGCCCGACAUUCCAGCUGUCCCUAAGACUGAGGUUCCAACAUUGCCAAACCCCGAGGUCCCGACUCUGCCUAAGCCUGAGUUGCCAACUCUACCUAAGCCAGAAAUGCCAAAGUUGCCUGAACUUCCAAAGAUUCCAGAACUUCCCAA